UUCAUUCACAUCCUUCAGCAUGAGUUUACAACUGCGCUGCUUAUACACUCACAGAUACAGCUUGGCCUUGGUCAUGACCACUCUGCUACUUGCAGCUGCAUCUGCGAUGAACAUCCAGGCUGUUUUGGGUCACAGCGUUACUUUCAGAUGUCCUUCGAACCACAGCGAACCUGUUGAAGGCUUGUACGUACAGAAAGUUACAAAAGAUAAAGACACGUACAUCAACGGGUUUUAUAAAGACAACAACAUGCCAUGGAAUGAGUACCACAGCAGAACCAAAGUGAACAAAAUGGACCUCAGCAUGGAGAUGAGAAAUGUCUCAGUUUCUGAUGAAGGACAGUAUAAAUGUAUUAUUUUCGUCAGCGGAGCAGAAAAACGUAAAAUCUCAAUGAUUAUCCUCAAAGUCACAGCCGAGUACAGCUCCCCCACAAUCACAUCUGACUGCAGUGAACAUAGACGCGGCGUCAGCGGCACGGGGAUGAGCUGUCACUUAAGCUGCUCGGCGGUGGGCGGAUACCCACAGAGCAACGUCAUAUGGACGGGGCUUAAUCCAAGUCUGACGAACCUAUUUUACAACUGGAGUUCAGCGCAAAACGAGUCCAAAACAUGGACCAUCAACCAAACCAUCACGUACAACUGCGACCAGCAAACCAAUGUCAGCUGUGUCGUAGGGGGCGCUGUUUCCCACACCGUCACCAUAUGUGAAACUGAAUCUUUCCCACUUCGAGUGAUCGCAGCUAUUGUUUUUGUGCUUCUGUUUGUCCUGUUGCUUAUUUUUGUUGUGGUGAUGAAGUGUUACUGUGGAAGACAACGAGCCCGAGUGCAUCUAGAUCGAGAGGGUUCUCAUAUCACCAAAGCAGUGGUUCACCCAAAAAUCGGCUUCACUUCUGUACUGAAGCAGGCCCCGGUGGACGCUUUCACAGAGCAAUGCUGGACUGUCCUUGAACAAGCUUUUGAGAACGUUCCCUUCCUUUCCCCAGUCAUUCAUUUGGAAGAGCACAUCAUUUCCCCGGCGUCCUGA